UUGACUUUCUACGACUUUCAUAAUAAUAAUUAUUGUUAUCCUCUUUCAGUCGUUGUAUUUUGUGCUCAAUUGCCUUUCGGAACGAAGACGGAGGCACAAUGGCUCGUAGGGAGAAAGACACUCGUCUCUACGACAUCCUUGGGGUGAAUCCCGAAGCGAACGAUGCAGAAUUGAAGAAGGCGUAUCGCAAGAUGGCCAUGAAGUAUCAUCCGGACAAGAAUCCAGAUAGCGGGGACAAGUUCAAGGAGAUAAGUUUUGCGUACGACGUGCUGUCCGACCCGGAAAAGCGGUCGACUUACGACCGCUAUGGUGAAAAGGGCUUGCGAGAAGGCGCCGGUGGUGGUGGUUCAGGUUUCGAUGCUGACCUCUUCUCUCAGAUCUUUGGCGGUGGACUCUUUGGUGGAUUUGGCUCCUCAUUCGCUGACGGAGGCGGUAGGUCACGCCGUCAACAAAAGAAAGGUGGAGAUCUUACACAUGAUUUAAAGGUUUCAUUGAGAGAUCUGUACAACGGACGGACAGCACGCCUGCAGGUGACGAGGAAUGCCAUUUGCACAGCUUGCAAAGGGAAAGGGGCUAAAUCCGGCGCUACUCGUCCCUGUAAUGCGUGCGAUGGCAACGGCGUUCGCAUAUUCCUGCGGCAGAUUGGCAUCGGCAUGAUCCAGCAAGUUAGGGCAAAGUGUUCAGACUGCAAUGGAGAAGGUGUGGUAAUCCGAGAAAGGGACCGUUGCAGAGGUUGCCAGGGACGCAAGGUCGUAAAGCAAAACAAAAAGAUUGAGGUUCACGUUGACAAAGGCAUGACAGACGGGCAGAAGAUAUCCUUUCGUGGAGAAGGAGACCAGGAGCCCGAUGGAGAGCCCGGUGAUGUUUUUAUCACUCUUCGCCUGACCAAGCACGACAUGUUCCACCGGCAAGGCAACGACUUGCACAUUCAGAAAUCCGUAUCUUUGCCGGAAGCACUGUGUGGCUGUGCAUUUAACAUCGUCCACCUUGAUGAGCGUCAACUGUUAGUCAACACGUGCGAGGGACAAGUAAUCACACCAGGAUCACAGUUUGUCAUUGAAGGUGAAGGCAUGCCACACUACCGGAGUCCCUUUGAAAAAGGCAAUUUACUUGUCAAGUUCGACGUGGUGUUUCCUCCAAAUGGCUUUCAGUCGGCAGCUCAACUCAAGGUAUUGGAAUCUCACCUACCGCCACGUCUGACUCCUGCAGCAACUGCAAGUGGCCUUGGCGAGGACACUGAAGAAGUUGUAUUGUUAGAGUUUGACAAGGAAGCGCACGGGCGCAGUCGUCACAGUAGUAGUAGUCACCGCGCGGCUUACAGGGGCGCCGGCUCAGAUGAAGAAGAUGAUGAUGACCAGCCAACGGUUUCCUGCGCCCAGCAGUAGCUCCAGUUGCAGUGACAGGAGCGUGCUGUUGACUCAAUGUCUCCCUGCGUGCAUACCCGGCAAUGCACAGAUGCUGGGUGCAAUAGUAACAACAGCACUCACCACCCAGUCUACAUCACUACCUAGAGGAGUAUUGUGAUACUUCCUGUUCGUGUUCAGUGGCUGACUGUAAAAGCAGGAAGCUUUCCCGGAGUCGUUUCCUUUCCUUUACCUCUAAUAGCAAGAGUCCAUAAACAAGAGUAUGCAACUGUGAUCUCUUUUCUAUGGGCCAGAUGCACGGCGCGCUGCCUUCAUUACAUCAUUCAGCUGCAGUCCGCGCACUGCGGAAAAUCAAACACCGCACUUUCCCUCCAGUCUGAAAUGAACUUUCGUACGGAACUGGAGUUUACGCGCCAGAAUUCAGAGAUUUUGUAGGUACUGGAACGAAUCGAGCAAAAACGGAUGGGCUCGUGCGAGAAAUUGAGAGUUUGGAUGCAUGCUUUCAGAGCGUGAUGAAGGCAAGUUACGUAAUGAAGGCAGCGCGCCGCGCACUGACCCAUAACCACAGUUGCAUACUCUUGUUUAUGCACUCUUGCUAAUAGAUCAUAGAGCAAUGUACAAAAUUAGUUUAUUUCGUUUUUAUAGCGUGAUUAGGCUUUCAACACAAAAGACUAAAUUUAAUUGAACAGCACAUGUGAUCGGGAGAAAUUCCUCAGUCUCGUUUAAAAUGUUCGAAGUUGAUAUUCGACAGCUAUCACAGCAAACUUUGUUCGAUAUGCCUCAUGAUUUUCUAUUUAAUUUAAUUGAAAGGGAUAUAGACUGGCCGAUCAUCUUCAUGAUCCUUUUUAUAAUACAUGCUAGUCCACCCCCUACCAACAAUCCACAAUAUAGACGUUCAUCAUCUGACUUACUGGCAUGAUGGUCCGUUUGACUAAUUUUCUUUUCUUUUCAAUUGCUGUGAUGUAAAUGUUCUUCUCUCCUAUACUACCCACUGACUACCAUCAUGAGAUUGAUUGACUGUAGUGAGACUAUAACCACUGACAA